UCAAAAGUUUAACUUCUACCACGGUUAUAGAAAAUCAAAUCCAUUUAUGACAAAACCUCAUACACCAAGCAGUAACGAGUGGUAACACACAGCGAUCUGGUAACCGCUUGAAAGUAACGGUUAUAUCGGCAGACAAGAUGGGGAAUGAAAAUGACGAUGUUGAAAAGCGUGGGAAAUGGACUGGGAAAUUCGACUUCAUCCUAUCCACUAUGGGUUAUUCCAUUGGAUUGGGCAAUGUGUGGAGAUUCCCAUACGUGUGUUACUCCAAUGGAGGAGGUGCGUUUUUGUUCCCAUAUCUGUUCAUGUUGAUAGUAGUUGGCUAUCCACUGAUGUUUCUGGAGAUGUCUUUUGGACAGUUUAGUAGUCUGGGAUGUAUUUCAAUAUGGCGCAUGUCUCCACUCUUCAAAGGUCUUGGCAUUGGCAUGGUGUUGAUUUCCGCCUACUUCUGUCUGUACUACAACAUCAUCAUCUCGUACGCUGUCUACUACAUGUUUGCAUCAUUCUUAAAUCCCUUACCAUGGUUAGGAUGCAAUCAUACUUUCAACACAGAUGCUUGUUUCGAGGGUAACCAACAGACGGGGAAAGUGAAGACGUGCCCCCUUAACCCAAACUACACACAGCGAGAGAGUACAAUCUUUUCCAGCGAAGAAUACUUUGAACGGCGAGUGUUGCAGCUUUCCGGCUCAAUUGAUCACGUAGGUACAAUUCAAUGGGAGAUACUGCUGUGUUUCCUCCUUGUUUGGAUCGUAGUCUUCGUUUGCAUAAGCAAAGGCGUCAAGUCAUCAGGCAAGGUUGUAUACUUUACAGCUACAUUCCCCUAUCUAGGUCUACUGACUCUACUGAUCGUUGGUGCCCUGCAGCCUGGUGCAGUCAAUGGUAUUCUCUACUUCAUUACACCACAGUUUGAUAAACUUCUUGAUAUUCAGGUAUGGAGAGCGGCAGCCAAUCAGGUUGCGUUUUCAUUCGGCGUUGGAUGGGGUGGUUUGCAUACCUUAUCGAGCUACAAUAAGUUCCACAAUAACAUCUUCAGGGAUGCGACUGUUGUGAUAGUCAGUGGUGGUUUGACCAGUGUCUUCGCUGGAUUUGUCGUCUUUUCUGUAAUUGGAUUCAUGGCAUGUGAUGCAGGGGUACCUAUCGACAAAGCUAUAAACGCAGGUCCUGGAUUAGCCUUCGUCGCGUACCCUGAGGCGAUAUCAAGGCUACCUGUAGUUCCUCAACUCUGGUCUUUCAUUUUCUUCUUUAUGUUGAUAACACUGGGACUUGACAGCCAGUUUGUUACCUUGGAGACGGUCGUAACUGCGACCAUGGAUGAAAUGGCAGGCUUCUUCCCAUGGAUUAGGAAGAAGAAAACCUUCGUCAUAUUCACCGUUUGUUUGAUUAUGCUGCUGCUUGGAUUGCCUUUCACUACACAGGGAGGUAUCUAUGUGAUGACUCUAUUUGACUGGUACUCUGCUGGAUACACUCCAUUGAUUAUGGCUCUUAUUGAAAUCCUAAUCUUUGACUUUAUCUAUGGAUUGGACAGGUUCCUGGAUGAGAUUGGUGUCAUGAUUGGAAGUAGACCAAGCUUCGUAUGGAAGAUUAUGUGGUACCUCAUUACUCCAGAUGUCACGAAGGUUCUGAUAUUUUUCGGAUUUCUGACGUUCACACCUGCGCAGUACGGUGAUUAUGUGUUCCCAGAAUGGGCUAAUAUUCUUGGUUGGGCUAUGACCGGCACAUCACUCCUUUGCAUUGUUGUGUAUGCAAUUGGGUUUCUGAUAUUCAAAGCGGAAGGCGGUCUUGUAGAGAGACUCAAAUUUUCCGUGACUCCGAGUCCAGAGUGGGGUCCAGCACUGGAUGAGGACCGGGAGGCGGCCGGGUACCCUCCGCUACACCGUGGAGGAACCAACAACCCCAACAACCCCAACAACCCCGACCCGGACACUGGAAUCUACCAGAACGCUGGAUUCAACGCAAGUGCAUUUUAGCAGUUUUAUCAUUUGUCACUGUUUCUCCAGUAUUCAUUCUUAAAGAAAGAUGACACUUUUGGUAAUUACUUCAAAAUUACUUAUUAGCAUAAAACCUAAUACGUGGUAACUAGAAACCUGUAAA